AUGAAGAAAAAGGGCAUGUCGUCAUACCGUAAUUUGUGCCAUGUUAGUUUUGAGACAUGGGAAAGAUAUUCUGUUCAUGUUUCAUCGACAGGACAUCUCGUCAAAGAGCCCUUUGCAGCCAUGGCAUCAAAUAUUCAGAUUGUGCCUGAUGAACAAGUUCUGGGUGACCUGGUGUUAGAUGAUGACGAUGAAGUAUUUAGACUGGAGAACACCUCUGCUACCGAGCUACAACAGGAUUGGGAAUAUAAAGGCAUAGAUUUGGACGACGAAGACCUGUUGGACAUUGACAACACAAGUGAAACUUUGCAUGAGACUUUCUCUGGUGACAAAUCAAGUCAUUUUCCAUUCCCAUCCAAGUCUAUUUUAAUUAUUAAUGGUACUUUUAUGUAUACAUCAAUCAUUUUUUUUGUAUUACACAAAUUAUAAAUUUGUAUUUGCUAGACUGUUGAAACUCUAAGGGACUGGUAAUUAUUUAUGGAAGGUGGGGGAGGGCAACAGGAGGGGGGCAUAUGCAUAAAUAAAUUACUAGAGGAGGGGGGCUAUUUAAAUUUUUGCAAGAAAAUGAGGGGGGUUGCAAUUAAAUUCGAAGAAAUUUGUUUAAUAGGCCUGGUAUCCAUUUGGUUGUAAAUGUUGACUAGAUCAUGGUCACUGAUGUGUGCUGUAUAUGCAAAUCAGUCUUGCAGAGAUAAAUACCGAUAGCAGAUAUCUCUAUUUGAUAAGUAAAACUGAAAAUGGGGGGGGGUCAAAGAAAAAUAUUCUAGUAUGCAGGGGGAUCAUCAUUAAAUUUCUGUUCUUUUAAAAAAAUUAGGAAAGAAAAAAUUCCCCUCCAUAAAUAAUGACCGGUCCCUAAGAUGCAGAUUUUUAAGUCCGGUGUAGAUUUGGAUUUUCUCUGGUUGACUUGUCACAAACUCAGAGUAGAUGUACCUUCACAGCACUCAAUUUUGAAUUUUAAAAUAAAUGAAGUUGAAGAGAUGCUACAACCUCAAAAGGUAUUAUUUUCAAAUAAGCCAAUAAAAGGGAAAUAUAGUUACAUUGCUGCUUUAGGACUAUUUGGAAGGUAAUCCAUACUACUGGCUGCAACCAUCUGAUAUUGUCAGGCUUCAGCUGGCAACACCCAUCAAAGCAAGAGCACUGAUGAUGUCGGAGACUGCCAGACAUCUUUAAUUUAGAACUAUAACUCAGAGUAUUUUAUGAUCCUUUUAGUUGAUUAACGUGGUGUGUUGAAUGAUUAGUUAAUGACAUUUUAGAUAUAAUCGUGUGGGAAUGUGAGAGAGAUUAGUGAGAUAUUGAACUAUGAGUGAACCUGUGAAUUCAAGUGUUGUGUUUGUUGUUGUUCAAAACCUAUUAGUAAGGGUGGGACAGAAUCCAGCAGAGCACUGGAGAAAAAAUAUCACAACUGCGAAUAACAUCGAAGCGAACGGACAGGAUUUUAACGAAAUGCGACGAAGAUUCCAUUACUGAACCCCAAGGGACUCUUUGAACUAUCAUUAGCAAAGUGGAGAAACUGAGGAUCACAGUAGAAGCUGAGAAGAAAGAAGACACAGACGAGUGGAGUGAAGCGAUCAAUGCCAAAAUAAGCAAAGCUCAUGGUCAUGUACAGUUGACAAAAAAAUUAGCAGAGAACAAAAAGAAGGCAGAAGAUAUCGAGAAAGAAAAGAUCCAAUUUGAGGUAAAAUGUUACGCGACUAAAGGAAAACAACAAAAUGAACAAAAACAGCAAAAUAUUGAAGGCGAGCAAAAAAUAUGA